UUAAUACAAUAUUCUUCUUACAAAAAUAAUUUUAAAACCUUUCGGAAAAUGGGCUAAUGACGUAGCCAUAGCCAUAGCCACCCAACCUAACCUACAAAACCUCUGAUUAUUUUUUGGGUUUUUAUUGUGUGAAAAUGAGUAAAGUGCACCUUUUACCAAGGUUUGGCCAAAUUAAGAGCAACUUCUUAAAAGUGCAUGGAAGAGUUUUGCACGUAGCACAGUUGAGUAGCAGUUCAGACGAUGAAAAGAAAGUCCAGAAAAAGGAUGAGGACACAAAGAAAAGUAACGAAGCCCUCAAAAAGUUAAAUAACUUGUUAAAGACAAUGAUUGAGGACGAUGUGCAGACUAGUGAUAAGAAACUUAAUUUGGCGAAGCCUCCCAAUAGGAGACAGGGCCAGCAAGAGAAGAAAAAACCGGUGGAAACUCCUGAGACACAAAUGACCAGAGUUGUAAAGGACGUAGCAGAGACGUUGGGAGGAGAUGUGAAGCAAACCGAGACAGAAUUAUUGAUGAAGCUUUUAAAGACGUCUGAAGAGGGCAAAGCGUCUAAUCUAGUUGAUUUGGUUAAAGGAAUGAAAGUUGAUACUGAGAAAUCACCUAGUGAACAAUCCAAGGCACAACAAGUUAGGAAAAUUUUGCAAGGAAAAACGGGGGAAAAACCGAUGUUUACACGAAGGCCGAGGAGCGCCAGGCCAAUAAGAACAGAACUACCAACCGAGAAAAUUGAUCUCUUCGGAGCCGAAUCUUUGGGGAUUUUCACAGAUAAAGCAAGUUACGUUAGUGAGGGCGUUGAAAACAAAACUUGGAACGAGUUAUACCAGAGGGAUUUAAAGCUGGCUGUUACUCACCCUCCUAGCAAUUAUUUCCAACAGAUGAUCUUGUGGACGGAACAGGGGAAAAUAUGGAAAUUUCCCAUUGAUAACGAACAAGGGCUUGAUGAGGAAAAGAAAGUUUAUUUUACCGAGCACGUGUUUCUUGAGAAGUAUUUAGAGCCUUGGUGUCCUCAAAAGGGGCCCUUGAGGCACUUCAUGGAGUUGGUCUGUGUCGGACUUUCGAAAAAUCCAUACUUGACAGUUGACGCCAAACGGGAACAUAUCAAGUGGUUCAAAAACUAUUUCGAAGAGAAGAAACAAUUAUUGAAAGAAGUUGGGGCACUACAAGACAGAGAGUUAGGUAACAAAAACACUCCUAAACAAAUUGAACACUAAUUUAGUACAAACUAUAGUAAAUACAGUAUUGGAAAAUGAAA